AUGACGUCAUGGAGAGUCCUCAAGUGGCUGGAGGCAGGUUUCUUCAGAGGCCGCGGAAACCAAGUGUUCUUCAGCUCCGUUGGAGAUAGCGCUCCGCCGCGAAGCCUGACUGAUGCGUUGCCGGCAAUUUUGCAAGAUGCCUACAUUUCGAUGGAGAAGCUGAUCGCGCCGCAGGCGCCCGGCGAAAAAAAGGACGAGACGAUUGAAGUCGUCGAAGAGUCUCCCAUGCAAUUUGCUGACGACGCUUUCUCCACCGAUGCCGUCCUCGACAUCCAGAAACUGCACAAGAGCUUUGGAUCUUGCGACCUCGUCGUAUGGCUCGUACCGCCUCAGGAAAAGACACACCCGGUCGACGAGACUGCGCCAGACUCCCAGUUCACUCCUCCCCCAAAGACGUUCAAGAUUCCUGUCCAUAGCGCGCUCCUGCGCAUUUCAUCGCCCAUCUGGCUAAAGGAGCUGACCGUCGUGGAAGCAAAACACCACACAAAGAUGAAAUACCAACGGAGCAACGACGGCAGUGUUUUGAUGAAGCAUGUGAUUGAGACUUUCCACCCUGCGGCGAUUCGCGCGAUCAUUCAAUACAUCUACGGAUACCGUCAGGAGGUUUUGCAAGCAGAUCCUUUUCUUCAAGUGGCGGUGUACAAAGAGGCGUUCAGACUGGAGAUGAAGCAACUGCAAAAGGAGGUGUUGCGAGCUCUCAGUGCCCCCAUGAGCAUCGGCCCUCUUGUAUCUCUCGCAAAAGCUGCAGAAGUGAUGAAAGUCGAUCAACUUCUUUUGGAUGCCAUUCGCAUUCUUGCAGACUGUGCCUACGCUCUCUUUUCAGGCAUGCGGCACCUCCAGCUCGGCCCCAAGGGUCUCCAGCUUCUUCUCCUGCAAGACAAUAUCCAGCUGGACGAGCCUCAGGUCUACAUUUGCGCAACUGCGUGGCUGACCCAACAGGGUUCCGACCAAGCCUCGGCGUCUCGUUGCGUCUCUUUUCCGAAUGACGCAGUUCGGUCUCCUCUCCUUGUGUCUCCACGGACACAGAGAGAAACAGAUUUCCUGCAUCAGUUGGAAGCGGCUGUCGACAGCAGAAAAAACUCGCUCGAUGACCAUCAACCGAAUCGCUCGCGCGACAUGGCCAUGGCAGUCUACCAAUCGAUUCGCUUCGACUCCAUGUCUCCCGGCCAGAUCCAAGUCUGUCGGGAUCCUCUGCUGGACUCGCUGCUGCUGGAGGCCUGUCUCCGAAAAUUCUCUCACAGGGAGGCGAAACCGCGAGUGUUUCCUUGGCAGGCCAAUGACCAAUUUACAGUUGAGCGUGACGGUGGGCUUUACCCUGUUCUGAUCAAGCGCACGAGGCGCACGGUGCAGAGGUUCAGAGAAACCGACGGAGAACCCUUGGUCUGGGCGUGGACGCUCGGGGACUCUCGGCCGGUCAACGAGGCGCUCUGGGCUCUCGAGAUCGUGAGGACCAUGCGAGGCAGGAUCCACUUUGGGAUCGCCGUGGAAGACAAAAGCACGCAGUCCAGAAAGGUUUGCUACUUGGACCCGGCGGAGAGGGCAUUUGUGACUGGUACCAUCACCAACGAUCCAACGGCUGUUUCGUACCGGACAGUUCAACCAGGCGGCGAAGUGCGAUGGAGCCGCCGCAUGACCGACGGGGACAUCGUGGUCAUGCGAGUAUCUGUCACGACUUCUGCUGUCCACCUGACCAUUCAACUUUUGCGGAGCAAAACUAUGAGGGCGUCUUACAUGCUGGCUCUACGUUCUCCUGUGUCUUUCCCCGGUCAGCUUCUUCAGCGGCCAUUUCUGAAAAUCUGGCCUUUCAUCGAGGCCGUCGACAUUGGCGACACACUCGGCGUUGCGGAACUGCAGGUUGAACCGAUCGACAUUCCGUAG